GAAUGGAGGAGGUGGAAGUAAAGUGACCCAUAACUUCUAAGGCUGAUUAAAGAGCUAUUUUGAUUCAGGCGAUUUUAGGCCUUUUAGCCCUUUCUGCUCUCUCUCUCUCUCUCUGUCUAGAGCAUCUCUGAUUUUGGUUCCGUGCUCUUAGGGUUUAAACGAGGGGUUUUCUCUCUCUACCACUUUGAUAAAAUUCCCAAUUCCUGGAACAGAGGACGAUAGGCCAUGGAUAGGUAUACCAGGGUUGAAAAACCUAAGCCUGAGUCGCCCAUAAACGAGAACGAGAUCCGUAUCACCUCCGGUGGUCCUGUUAGAAAUUAUAUCAGCUAUGCUACUUCCCUUCUCCAGGAGAAACAUGUAAAAGAGAUUGUCUUGAAAGCAAUGGGACAGGCAAUCAGCAAGACAGUAUCCAUUGCGGAGGGUAUAAAGAGAAGAAAUCCCCGUUUGCAUCAAGAUACUGCCACCAGUUCAGUAAGCAUAACUGAUGUUUGGGAACCUAUUGAAGAGGGUCUUUUACCUGUGGAACAGACUCGUCAAGUCUCAAUGAUUACGAUCACCUUGUCCUUCAGGGAGCUAAACAAAAAUUCUCCUGGAUAUCAAGCUCCGCAUUCUGUGGAACAACCAAAGGAACAGUAUCCACAACAGCAGCAGCAGCAGCAGCAACAGCUACAACCCAGACAAUCACGUGGUCCAUACAAUGUAGUUCGCGAUGAUUCAUAUGGCCGAGGACGUGGUCGUGGUAGAGGGAGAGGGCGAAACUGGGGGAGAGGUGGAUAUGGUUAUGGAAAUUAUCAGGGUAACUAUCAGGGGAAUCAAGGAAAUUAUCAAGAUAACGAUGGUUAUUCAAAUUGGGGUCGAGGUGGUGGGCGAGGCAGAAGUUGGGGUUAUCGUGGUACUGGGUAUGAGAGAGGCAGAGGUGGAAGGGGCAGAGGUUACAGUCGUGGUCGUGGAAGGAUGGGUGGUCGUUCAUGGGGUGGUGGCGGUGGCAACCAGGGAUGAGUUGGGAAUGAGCUCUCUUUUUGCUUUAGCUAAAUGCUUGCCUUGGCCAGUUUGCUAAAUUUUAUCCUGAUACUGAUAUUAGUAGAGCAUGAAAUGUGGGUUAUCAUUGUCGAUUGGUUUUGUGUUUAUUUUCGUCAAUCAUAUAUGGAUGUGGGCAAGGUUGUUCUGUUCAUUUUUUGCAUUUAGCCGAUAGCAAGAGGAGGCUUAUGAUUUUCUGUAAUUUAUUAUUACCCUUGUGGUUGCAGUUAGCAUGUUCAUAUUUGGUUUAUCAUAUUUCUUUAUUCCUUCUAAA